AUGGUUUGGCUUGGAGUAUUAUUGGCGCCUUUGGUCAGUUGUCUUUAUUUAAAUUCGUAUACAGACCCACUUUACUUCAAAGAUAUUAAGCCUACGAUUGGAGUUCUCACUAUCCCCAAUGACAUUGAAUAUGCUUAUGCAGAUUAUGCGGAAUCCCAUCUUAGAGCUACUUAUGUGAAACAUAUAGAAAGCGGAGCUAUGAGGGUAAUUCCUUUGCAAUAUAACUCAACUUUUGAAGAAAUUGACUACUUAUUGGCGAGAGUCAAUGGUAAAAAUUAUAUAGGAGUAUUUUUUACAGGUGGAUCUGCGAAAUUGUUUAUUAGGGAAGAAAAUAAGGAACCGCGAUUCACGCAAUUUAUGAAAAUGGCUGAUUUUAUAGUCAAGAGAAUCAUCGAGAAAAACGAUAAUGGAGAGUAUUUUCCUUUAUUCACAACCUGCUUGGGAUGGGAGGUCCUCACAAUUGUUUUGACUAAUAAAUGCACACUAGAAACAUCAAAAGGCAUGAAUUAUACAACUAAUAUCAUUUUUACUGAUAAAGUGGCUAAGUCAAAGUGGUUCAAAGAUGUAGAUCCAAGAAUAUUAUACUACAUGUCAGCUAUGAACAUGACUGCACAAAAUCAUCAGUGGGCUAUUUUGCCUCGCUAUUUUGAAUGUAAUUUAUAUGCAGCUGAACCUAUUCUUAAGAAGUUUUUCAAUGUUUUGGGGCUUUCUAUACCCUCAAAGAUUAAAUAUUUUAAUAAUGCCAUAUAUGAAUAUAGUCAAAAUUCAAUAUUUAUAUUAAAAAGGUGUAAGAACUUAGAAGGCGAAUAUUAUAUAAGCCUUGCUGAAUCAAAAAAGUAUCCUAUCUUCUCAACUAUGUUUCACCCUGAAAAGCCACCUUACUCCCCGUAGUUAGCGAACAAAAACUGGUUAAAUUAAGAAGUUUUUAGUUUAAAAAUUUAUUUUGAAAUUCAAUACAAAACAAAAAAGUUUUCUGAUUUUAAAAAUCCAGAUUUGUAAAUAUUUGAAAGAAUAAUCUAAUUUCGUUUAUAAAUAAAGCUUAAGGAUGCAAGCUGUAAAAUUUAUAUAAUUAUCAAGGAGAUCUCGCUAUUAUAUAAUCAUCAAAUAAUUAUUUGAAUAAACAAUAAUUAAAGAAGAAAGCUAGUAGUAAUUAAUAAUCAGCCGCUGGGCAUUUGCAGAUGUAAAUAACAGCCCACUUUCUAUUCAAGUUAAUCAAUUUUUUGCCCACUUUAUUGCGCAAGAAGUGAGGAAAAAUUCAAAUAAAUUUGGCAGCUAUGAAGAAUAUUUAAAGUAUUGCCUCUAUCAAGUUGCAAUGCAUCAUCUUGGACCAGAUGAAAUCCAAGCUUAUUUCUUCGAAAAGGUUAUAAAAGAUGACUAA